UACGCGAUAGAUGAUACACGCUGCUGCUGAGACGUGUCAAAAUAAAUAUGCGCUAUUAGAGGUUUCGCGCGAGGAGUACGGAGAUUUUUUUUUUCUGUUGUUGGUUUGCACAACUGUUGCGGGUGAAAAGAGGUUGUUUACCAGUGCGGGUCUAGAACCGUUGAGCUUUCUCGCGAAUGACACAACUUACCGUCGCAUAUCGGGCGCAGCAAUUUACGUUUUGCCGUCGUGGUUCACAGUAGUAUCGUGCGGUUAGUUGGAAGAUAUCGCGAGUGUUUUCCGGAAUGUAACCGUGGCGGAUGGAUUGUAACGGGUUGUGUGGUUCCGGCAUACUAGGAUGGCGCGGUGAUAAGAGAUUAUGUUUGAUUAUAUGAUUGAAAAUAUGUGCGAUUUGAUUGGUUGAAUUCCGUUCAAUGAAUUGAAGAAACAUACAGGAGGGUGCUAAUUUUGGCGAUGUGAAAAUAUACGUUCUAUUGGAUUAACGUACUCUUUCCGGCGAGUACUGAGGAAGAAAAUUAGCAAAGUACCGGUUUUUGGUUGAAACAGUGUCAUCGGAAGUGAAAAGAGAUAUGCCUAGAAUUAUACCUCAAGUGUACGUUUAAGAGUGAUUCGAGGAAAGUGUUAGUAUUUGCGAAAAUUUAGAGUGAAAUACAACAACGCCACCAUUGAUUCAAAAUUGCACCAAACACGAACAAUCUGGCGGUGGUUAGACAACCAUCAAUGGCCGUUGGGCCACCGACGGGAGGAUCAGGAAAUCCUCCGCAAGCGCCAGUCCAGCCACAUCCGAUCUUAGCACCUAGUCCACUGUUUGCCUUACCAACAUUGAACUUUACGGCGUCGCAAGUUGCGACAGUCUGCGAGACACUGGAGGAAUCCGGGGAUAUUGAACGGCUGGCGCGGUUUCUAUGGAGCCUACCGGUAGCCCACCCGAACAUCUCGGAACUGGAUCGUUCCGAGGCGGUGCUGCGAGCGAGGGCAAUAGUUGCAUAUCACACAGGACAUUUUAGGGAACUGUACACGAUACUAGAGCGACACAAGUUCACUAAAACGUCACAUGGAAAAUUACAGGCGAUGUGGCUCGAAGCGCACUACCAUGAGGCAGAAAAACUACGUGGACGACCGUUAGGACCAGUCGAUAAGUACCGUGUCCGGAAAAAAUUUCCGCUACCCCGGACAAUCUGGGACGGCGAGCAGAAGACUCACUGCUUCAAAGAGCGAACGCGAAGUCUGCUAAGAGAGUGGUACCUACAGGAUCCAUAUCCGAAUCCAACCAAGAAGCGGGAACUGGCGCAGGCCACCGGUCUCACACCGACACAGGUGGGAAAUUGGUUUAAAAAUAGACGCCAGCGGGAUCGAGCUGCGGCGGCCAAAAAUAGACACAACCAACCACCGCUUUCCGGAUCGGGAGCAACCUCACUGACGCCACGGCGAGGCGAAGCACCACUUUCACCCACAGACACCGACUCCGAUUCGGACAUUUCCCUCGGAACGCAUUCUCCCGUUCCGAGCAUGUCGCUGCAGCACAGUCCAAGUUCGCUGCCCGGUUCCAGCGAGGAUCGCCUCCAGGACGAACGGGACCGGGAGAAAGAUUUUCGCAGUUUUGCAUCGCUUCAUUCGUUCCGCUUUGGGGACCAUCUAGCGGGAGGAUUUCUACCUGGCUCGUUCAACAACAGAUUCAUGCCUUACCGCCUCGGGGACAACUCACCUCCAAUCAAUACUCACUCACCACCGAUAGGCUUGACGCAUCUUCCAAUCACCCCAACUGUCCUUCGACCGCAGCCUCACUUACCUCCAUCGCUAUCUGUCACAGCACCGACGGCAACGACCACAUCGAUGAGUGAGUCGCCCAACAGCAACAGUAGUGCCACCACCAGUUCCAUCAAUAACGGUGCUAGUGGACUGGGAAUGGUUUGCGGAAAUAGUGCUGGUACACCGCUAAUGGCACAAAUGUCCCCACUCAGAAUACGGGUCAGUUCGCCGACGCGACUCAACUCGGACCUACUACAGCACAGUUCACACCAUCAGAGUCUCAUGAACGGGUUGAAUGCCAGCGGAAUCGUACGGAUUGUUCCUAACACAACGACCAAUCUCAUUCAUCGGCCAUUUUCACCAUCGCCCAAACCGAAGGAAGCAUCGUGAUAAAAUCCACCGUCGCUUCAAUUGCAGCCAUUCGAUUGUCGAGUGGCCAUCUCUUAGUAGUUGAUUAACGUAGCGAAAAUAUCGGGAGAGAACUAGAAAGCACAAGUUGAAACUAAAGCAUAUAAAUCUCCUUAAACUUGUUACUAAAGCCAUACAAACAGUAAAGCAAAUUCAAUACUUUUAAGUAAGACAUUUUAAUACGAAACGCACUGCUUUGGUAAAUUAGAUUUACUUUAAAACUUUGGCAAAAUCACGUCAUAUUUAUUUCAUGUUCUGGAAUGCUGCUACAUAAUGUAGCACCACAUCCAGCGUCUCUAUAUAUAGAAAGGAAAAAAAAAACAUCAUACCCUUAAGUAUACGAAUCCUUUGUGUGUUGGGCGGAUCAAUAUCAAACUGAAUACCAAUACAAACUCGAAUCGACGACGGGCAAAUAGCAACACAGUGGCGCACAUGCGUAGUAACUAACUGCUAGAUGGCAACACUGCUCAAUCGACAGACGACCAGAUGUGCAACAUUUCCCUGCUACAUAGUGUGACACAGCAAAAAGUAAUCGCACAACACACACGGCCAUUCAGUGGAAUUAUAGGAAGCAAUUCAACUCCUGAAUUUUCCUCACAUACUUGUAAAGCACAAUUCGUUCGUAUGUAGUCAUUAGCGCAAAGGGCGAGAACAGACUUUUAUCAAGUCGUAAAAAAUCAAUAAAAAGACGUGCAUGAGAAUGUAAUUUAAGCAUAGAGGAAAAUAUUUAAAUGAAUUCUAAUAUAAAGAACGUUGUGUAAAAAAAUCAAAGCAAAUAAGUAAAAUUAAUUAUCGUAUUAAAGGCGUGAAGCAAGCGGCAAAUAGGUGAACACAACUUGCAGGCAAAUACAAAGAGAAACCUAAAACAAUAUGAAAGUAUAUUUAGCAACACAAAAGUACAUAUAGUUACGCAUAUGUAGAGGUAGCAAAAGGAAAAAUAAUUGAUCUAAAGUAGUGCUAAUUACUCACCGAUCGACCGCCCGGAGACGACGGCGGACACUCUGAGCGAGUGAGAAGAGACGCAUUAAACCAUUUCACUUUUCCACGUUUAGUUCCAUCGCCGAGUCACUUAAAACAAAAGACGCAAACCACUCGUCGUUCGCACAUAUAAUGCAAUUUGCAGCCUCAGACACAAAGCCAGUGCUGGAAACACACCGAAAGAGAAGUUUAAAUUUAUUUUUUAUGAGAAUGAGAAACACAGCCCUACCAGCAAAAACCCGACAAAAAUCGAAACCAUUUGCAGGCGAGCAGGCGAAAUAAAAUCAUUUCAGACCUCAUGCAACGUGAAUAGGCAGAAACUAAAAUAACAGAAGAAGCAAAACACAUGCAGUGUAGAUACUGGCUGCGAGUCUCUACAUAGGCAAAGAGUAGUAUUCAAUGCACAGGCAAAACACAGCAAAAAAAUAAAAUACCAUCAGUAGGGCAAAUCGCUGCUGAGACUGUACAAAGAUAAAAGGGCAACACAGUUUAUGAACUCGGCUACCUUCUGAUAGAUUGAAGUUAAAGCUAAGCGUACAAGUACGCCACCAUGCGCAAAAUGAAAGCACACAAAUGGAAGGGAAAUCGAACAAAUCUAUCUACUUUGUAAAUAAAUUGCUGCAAUCAAAUUAUAUUAAUUAUGACGAUAAUAAAUUAAAUAAUUAAAUUGAA